ACUAAGCUUUAUCCCCACACGAAAACAGAGGCUCUCUCUCUCUCUCUCUCUCUCUCUCUGUUCACAUUAUCUUCUCGGAGUCUUAACAAAAAUAACCAUCUCCAAAGGUAUUCCGAAUCGAAUUAUUGAUGGUGAAUCUGCUUAAUUGAUCGUUUUCGAAUUUCCACGAUCAAAACUCAAAAUUGUUACAUCCUGGGUUUUGAAGGGCUCUUUGGUGUGUGUUUUAGAGAGAGAAGAUGGCGAGUACUGCGUUAGAUGUAUCGAGAGCAGAGCUGGCUCUAGUGGUUAUGUAUCUGAACAAAGCAGAGGCAAGGGAUAAGCUAUGCAGAGCUAUACAGUAUGGUUCCAAGUUCUUGAGCGGUGGACAACCUGGUACUGCUCAAACCGUUGAUAAAUCCACUAGCUUAGCCAGGAAAGUCUUCCGUCUUUUCAAGUUUGUUAAUGAUUUACAUGGCCUUAUCAGUCCUGUUCCUAAAGGGACUCCACUUCCUCUUGUUUUACUUGGAAAGUCCAAGAACGCGCUUCUGUCUACAUUCUUGUUCUUGGAUCAAAUUGUCUGGCUUGGGAGAUCAGGAAUCUAUAAGAACAAAGAGCGAGCUGAGUUACUUGGACGUAUAUCACUUUUCUGUUGGAUGGGAUCAUCUGUCUGCACAACUUUAGUCGAGCUUGGUGAGAUUGGAAGACUCUCAUCAUCGAUGAAGAAGAUCGAAAAGGGGCUUAAGAAUGGCAACAAGUAUCAAGAUGAGGAGUAUCGUGCUAAGCUUAAAAAGUCUAACGAGAGGAGUCUUGCUUUGAUCAAAUCAGCCAUGGACAUUGUUGUAGCAGCUGGUCUUCUUCAGCUAUCUCCAAAUAAGAUCACUCCUCGUGUCACUGGAGCUUUUGGAUUCAUCACCUCCAUCAUUUCUUGUUACCAGUUGCUUCCGACACGACCCAAGAUCAAAGCACCUUGAAGAUUAUGGAAGAAUCUGGCGUCCAGGAGGUGGUUACUCAGAGAGUUUAUGUUGGUAUGAUUGUAAUAAAAAUGUUCUAUACCUCGGUUUCUUGUUGCACACGUUUUAGUUCAUAACGCAAACGCAAACGCAAACCGCGCACAUUACUUC